GGAACAUUUUUGCGUGGAACACAGGGAUGGACGCCUCGAAGAAGGAGACCAGAUCCUGGCGAUAGACGGCCAGCCACUGGACAGCAACAUCUCGCACCAGCAGGCCAUUGGCAUUCUCCAACAGGCCAGGGGAACCGUGCAAACUUGUGCUUGCCAGGGGUACACCGGUCAGUGCCACUCCACCCGCCACCCAAGGCACCCCUCCCCCUCCUUUGCCGUCGAGUUCCCUCUCCGGAUCCGCGACUGCUGGAAGCACCAAGUCAGCAGCCGACCGGGAAGAAGCCAUGGUGCUGGGCACAGAGUGGGCCGAGGUGGAAGCUGUCGAGCUGCUCAACGAUGGCUCGGGCCUCGGGUUUGGCAUCAUUGGUGGCCGCAGCACGGGUGUCGUCGUCAAGACUGUUUUGCCUGGCGGCGUUGCAGAUCGGGAUGGGCGGCUGCAGAGCGGGGACCACAUUCUACAGAUCGGCGACGUCAACUUGCGUGGCCUGGGCUCGGAGCAGGUGGCCUCGGUCCUGCGUCAGGCGGGGGCCCGGGUGCGUCUCGUUGUGGCACGCCCCUCGGAGUCUGGCGACCUGCCGGCGCCUCGGCCCGCAUCGCUGCCGCCGCCUCUCGUGUUGCCCACCCGGCUCCUUGCCGACGCCGAGGAGCUGGAGCGGCGCCUGCAGAUCCACAGUGCCACCGUCGCCAUGGCAACGGCCACAGGGGGGAAGCCCGGGUCACCUCUGCUUUCCGAAAUGGCGCUGGACGAACUUCCCGAGACCGAGUCCUUCGAAGUGGAGCUAGUGAAAGACCAGCAGGGAUUGGGCAUCACCAUUGCUGGCUACGUCUGUGAAAAGGGCACCCAAGAUGAGAUCUCGGGCAUCUUUGUGAAGAGCAUCGCUAAGGGGAGUGCCGCGGAUGCCAGCGGCUGCAUCCGCGUCAACGACCAGAUCAUCGAAGUGGAUGGCCGGCCCCUCCAGGGUUACACCAACCACCAGGCCGUCGAGGUGCUCCGCUCGACGGGCAAGUGCGUGAAGCUACGACUGGCCCGGCACCUCCGCGGGGCCCGCUACCUUCAGCUGCAGCACGCCGUUGCGCUCUCGGAGCCAGCAGCCUGCCACCGCUGCCGACCACGCCAACGCUGACGCCGGGACACGUGACACCGGUGUCGUCGCCGGGUAGCGCCCCGCUCACACCGGAGCAGCCACCCCCACCCCUGCGGUCACCCGUGGAAGACGGCCUUGUCACCAGUGCUGUUACAGACAUGACCUC